AUGCCUGUUCUAACGCCUUGCUUACCUCUGUUUGGCCGUUGGUUCCUUUUCCGUCGUUCUCCUCCCAGGCUGGUUUUGCGUUACCCGGCCGCCACAAGGGUGCGGGCCGGGUUACACCGCCGGCGCAACACGAACGAGGUGUGGACUGGGGGCAUAUUAAUGGCCAUGGGAGCGGUGGGAGCAGCCAUUGAGCGCUGUUGGCGGUCGUCAGGCAUGGAGGAAGCAGUGGAGUUGGAUAGAGAGCACCCCGAAAGCGUGCGGGGGCAGUUUCAGGUGCCUACGUGGCGGUCGAUGGGCCUCGCAGGCGGCGACCCGGACAGGGAGGUCUACUAUCUGUGUGGAAACUCGCUGGGAUUGAUGCCCAGGAGGACGAGGAGCGCAAUUGAGAGAGAGUUGGACGCCUGGGGGGCGCGGGGCGUCGAGGGACACUUCAGACACCCGGGAGUCGACGAGGGCUGCGUGCCCUGGGUGGACAUCGAUCUUCCCGUGGUGCCGCUGCUGGCGCCGGUCGUGGGAGCGCAGGAGGACGAAGUGGCUGUUAUGAAUAGUCUGACUGCGAACUUGAACAGUCUGCUGGUCACGUUCUACCGGCCGCGAGGGUCGCGGACCAAGAUUAUGGUCGAGAAGAGCGCCUUCCCGUCGGACUACUACGCGCUGUACAACCAGUGCAGGAUCCACGGCGUGGAUCCCGAGCAGAACCUGGUGCUGCUCGAGCCGCGUGCCGGCGAGUUCCAUCUGCGGACCGAGGACAUCUUGCAGGCGAUUGAGGCGAACAGUGACUCGCUGGCGGUGGUGUGUCUGUCGGGGAUCCAGUACUACACCGGCCAGCUGUUCGAGAUCGAGCGGAUCACGAGGUUUGCACACCGGUUCCCGGACAUCGUGGUGGGCUGGGAUCUCGCUCAUGCGGUCGGAAACGUCGAACUGAAACUGCACGAGUGGGGCGUGGACUUUGCCUGCUGGUGCUCCUACAAGUAUCUGAACGCGGGGCCCGGCGCCAUCGGCGGUCUCUUCGUGCACUCCAAGCAUGCCAGCGGCAGCGGUGAUCCGCUGCCCCGUCUCGCAGGCUGGUGGGGCAACAACGCCGAGCAGCGGUUCAAGAUGCUCGAGGAGUUCGACCCCAUUCCAGGAGCGCUGGGAUUCAGACAGUCCAACCCGAGCGUCAUCGACGUCGUCGCGCUCAAGAGCUCGCUUCAAAUCUUUGCCGAGUUCGGAGGGAUGGUCAAGAUCCGCGAGAGAUCGCUCCAGCUUACCAACUACCUCGUGCGGCUGCUCAAGGCAUCUCCCCACUACCGCGACUCGGUCUCCUCUGCCACCGGCUUCACCAUUGUCACUCCCGUGGCCCGCGACUGCGACCACGGCGCCCAGGUCUCUAUCCUGUUCUUCCCGGACAACGUCAUGAGCCGGGUCUCCAGCUAUGCCAACGCCAGAGGGCUGAUCGCCGACGAGAGAAGGCCCAACGCGAUGCGCCUCGCGCCGGCUCCGCUCUACAACACCUUCCAGGACGUCUACGCCGCGGUGCAAUUGCUCAACGAGGCCAUUGACCACCUAUAG